CAUGCCUCCCACGUUGACCUUCUGCGCCAUGCGGCCGUCUGCGCACUCGACCUCGGCAACACGCCCGCGAACGCGGACACGAAGCUGCUUCUCAUCCAGUUCGAGCUCAAGCUCAACCACGCGGAAUUGCCCUAUCAGGACAAAUACUUUCCCGUCGGCGGGUUCGACCUCACCAUGGAGGCCCGCUCGAUGCUCGGCGGGAUGCCGAACGGGAUUCAGCUGCUCGAGCAGAGCAAGGAGAAUCACGAGUACAUGAAGAAGAAGGGUGAGCUCGGAAUCGCGACGUUGUUGUUGAUGGCGCAUAAGAUGGUCUAUCUCACUAGAGUUGUGUUGCCUUCGCAAGAGACUGCACGAACCAUGCAGAGCGUCGACGAUUGGGGCAGGAUUGGGCGAGUAAUCAUAUGCUUAGUAGGACAACGAGACAAUGUGUUGACCUUGCUUUGA